AUGUUUUCCAAAGCCAAUCCAUUUGAUGACAUUGUCGCGUCUGCCACGGAUGAAAAUCUCACAUCCGAGAAUUGGGAACUCCUUCUUGGUGUCUGUGACAAAGUCUCCCGAAGUUCAACCGACGGUGCUCGAGAUUGUGUGAAUGCUCUUCAGAAGCGGUUUACCCAUCGAAGUGCCAAUGUGCAACUGUAUGCUUUGACGCUCGCCGAAGCGUUAGUGAAAAAUUGCGAUGUCACUGUGCACCGUGAAAUCUCUUCACGCUCAUUUACCAACGCGCUGAAGAAACUGAUCCAAGAUAGAUCUACCCAUGAAAGUGUUCGUAAACGAGCAUUAGAAUUUAUUCAAAUGUGUUCCUAUGAAUUCAGAGCCAAUGCCAGUCUGGGACUCAUGAAUGAAGUCUAUCACUCUUUACGAGCCGAAGGCGUCCAAUUUCCUUCCCCUCAAAAGCCGAAAAAGGAAUACACUCAGUCAGAGCUGGACAAACAGAAAGAGGAAGAAGAAUUACAGUUGGCACUUGCGCUGUCACUCUCGGAAUCAGAAAAGCGAUCAUCCUACAAGACAAAGGAAUCGGAGAAUGCCGAGCCCACGAUCUCCAGAGUACGUGCGCUUUACGAUUUCCAGCCGACAGAGCAAGGCGAAUUGGGAUUUCAAAAGGGCGAUAUUAUUCGUGUGAUUGAAAGUGUCUAUCGCGACUGGUGGAAGGGAGAAUUGCGUGGCAAGACGGGCAUUUUCCCCGUCAACUAUGUGGAAAAAAUCGUGGAUCGAUCACCGGCGGAUCUCAUGAAAGAAGCCCAGAUGGAAGCGGAAGUGAUGGGAGAAAUUCGUAACGUAGAACGGUUACUGGAGAUGCUGAACACCAUUGAUCCUCGCAAAGAUUCCUUCUCUGAUGACACCGAGCUUCAAGAAUUAUACAACAAAACUCUGUCUAUUCGCCCCAAGCUGGUUAAACUCAUCGAGAAAUACAGUCUAAAGAAAGAGGAAUUGGUGGCAUUGAAUGAACAAUUCAUUCAAGCAAGAACUAUGUAUGAUCGCAUGCUUGGAAGUACGAUUGCAAGAUAUCCAACCUCGGCAGUGAACAACACGUACGCCAUGCCUCCAUACGGUGGUUAUGAAUCGACACAGCCUUACAGUCCAUCGGUAGAAAACUAUCAAGGUUACGGUGGUGGAGCACCUGCCCAACCUUACGGUCAUCGCGCUAGCUACAGUUAUCCUCAGACGUCGCCUUCGCCACAUCCCCAACAUCAAGAUCCAUCUCAAAUUCAGCCACCUGCUACCAUGGGUCCAGGACAAGUAGACUAUAGUGAUCCUGCUGCAUCGCAGAACUAUCAAUAUCCACAGCAGCCAUACUAUCCUCCCGAAUACGCAUCUCAGCCUCCCGCAGGUGCUGUUGCAGGUGUUCCUCCUCCCAUGGGGCCAGGCAAUCCAGACCAGCAACAACAACAACAACCACAACCAGCAUCCUAUCCACCUACGUCCAAUGCUCCUCCCAUGACCCCCCAACUUCAAUCCAACUACCCUUAUCAGCAGCCAUCGCCGGCACCUUAUCCGCCUUACGAUCCCAAUCAAGGUUAUCCUGCUGCGCCCAACGCGGCCAACGCAUACAGCUCACCUCCACCUGUAUCCGCCGUCCAGCCUCCGUAUACACCCACCGCGUAUCCGGCUCAACCACCGUAUGGCGGUGCAUAUGCGCAGCAGUAA